AUGCAUCGGCGAAGAGGCGACGGGGGCGACCAUGCGCGGGACCAAGGUCAAGUUGCGCGCGGGGGAGGCGCGCACAACAACUCGAGAAAGGGGAAGACGGCUUCUCGAACGCGCAAAGGGAGCGAGAAAUGCGAGAGCAGCAGGUCACCCGCGGAGAAAGGGCACUGGGAAGGUAUCGAUGAGUUCGGAGCAGACGGAAACGAGGCAUCGCGUGGCGUCGGUACCGUGGAUGAGGCCGAGGACGAGGAACGCAGACUAGAAGAUCAGGCGAGGCACCUGGAGGAAAAGUUGGCACUGCUCCGUGAGGAACAGGUAAUGGUCGCGAAGAAGCACGAAGAGGUGCGGAUUCGGAAAGCGGCGAGGAGGGAGCUCGAGAACUUCAAGUCAGAACUGCAGGAUGAAUUCGAUGGUGUCGUGUUGGCGCUGAGCGAGGAGAAGAACGCCAAGCUGAAGGUCGCUGGUUCGUUUAAGCGGGAAAUCAAGUCGCGCAUAGCCGAGCUCGAAAGCAUGCUGACGCAGCUGGGGGAUAAAGUCAGCGCCGUCACGGAUCUGUACGACGCCACUGUGAACGAGCUUCAAAAAGAGCUCGCGGAGGCGGUCAACGAGCGGGAAAAAACCCUUGAAGCUGAGCUCAGGGACGAACUCGCGGGUCGGUUCGCCACACUUCGGAACAGCGGUGAAAACAAAUUCGUUGGACUCGUCUGA